GGGAGAAGGUAAACAGAGUUGAAUCACUCCCCCGGCUGACCAAUUGGUGGUGUUGGGGUGGGGGGCUUGGUGGGACCUUUGCGUGAUGGGCUGCUGCGAAAUUGGUCCUGAGCAAGACUGUGCCGGAAGAGACAGGAGCGGCAGGCGACGGGGGACGGAGUCAGGCAGCGGGCAAAAGUCCCUCCUGGUCGCUCUCCAGCUGGGGCUGAGGUUUCCCCGCCGCCUGUGCUUAUCAGUGGCUGAACGCUCCUUGAACCCUAAGGAAGGACCCCGAAAGGAGAGCAUAGCAGAGCGGCUCGGGUGCGGCAUCUACUGAGUUCCUCCCGUGCUUUUUCCCCCUGCGGGGUGGGGAGAUAAAAGAGGGGAAAAACCCCUUGGUGCUACUGAAUUACUUGAAGUCAUCCCCUGUGACCCUCUUUUUCGAAGAGGGGCUUCUGUCCCCAGCCGUCCAGCGAGCCGGGGAGCGCAUGAAAAGCUGGAGUUUGCCGGCGUCUGGGGGCAGGGGGCGCGGGGAAGCGGCGCUGACUGAGGUCAAAAGGUAGGCUGGGUGCAUUUCUCCCUCUCGGGGGAGGGUCACGGCUGGUCGGGGUUAUGUAAAAAGCUCAGCAGCCGAAGCGGGAUCCCUCGCCUGGCUUGCCAAGGCACCCCGCCCCUUCUCCACCCGUGCUCUGCAGCCUGAAGGCAAGACAACAAGCAGCCUGCUGAUUGCAACACCCCCACCUACCCACCCCCCUCCAAGAGGGAGAGGGCGACGCCAGGCAGGCAGGCAGCGAGCAAGUUUUCGCAAUUGGGCUCUCCUCCCUUUUUUGGUGGGAAGGGUGGCUGAUCGUCGCCUGCAGGAUGUCGGCAGUAGCUUACAUGGACUUCGUGGCUGCCCAGUGCCUGGUGUCCAUUUCCAACCGUUCUGUGGCUCAGCAAGACGUGACCCAGGAAACAGAGCUGCUGAAGAUGCCCGAGGAGGAAGAAGAAGAAGCGGCCGGAGUCGUGACCAAGGAAAUGAACGACCCCAGGGACGCCUGGAAGGAUUAUUGCACUUUGGUGACCAUAGCCAAAAGCUUGUUGGAUCUGAACAAAUACCGACCCCUCCCAACCCCAUCCAUCUGCAGUGACAGUGUGGAAAGCCCCGACGAGGAUGCGGGAUCAGACAGCGACGUGACCACCGAAUCUGGGUCGAGCCCUUCCCACAGCCCAGUGGAGGGGCAGGAUGCUGGCAGCGUGCCGGACCCCCUCUCCCUCCUGCACAACGGAGUGCCUGCCAAGGGGAAACUGGCCACUGAAAAAAGACACAAGUGCCCCUACAGUGGAUGUGGCAAAGUCUAUGGCAAAUCUUCCCAUCUUAAAGCCCAUUACAGAGUGCAUACAGGUGAACGACCAUUUCCUUGCACAUGGCCAGAUUGCCUUAAAAAGUUCUCCCGCUCUGAUGAGCUAACACGGCACUACCGAACCCACACUGGCGAGAAGCAGUUUCGAUGUCCGCUUUGUGAGAAGCGGUUCAUGCGGAGUGACCACCUGACGAAGCAUGCCCGUCGCCAUACUGAGUUUCACCCUAGCAUGAUCAAGCGAUCUAAAAAGGCCAGCUCUGCCUCCUUUUGAAUGACAGACAAGAAUUGGGGAUUGGGUGGGAGGGGACAACCAUUGUUGCAAAAGGCAUAACUGAUCAGCACAAAUACGUCCGCCACUGUACAGUAAUUCCCCCUACUUGCAUUUUGAAAGCACAUGUAGCUGGAAGUUUAACAUUUUGUCCCAUCCACCCUGCUAUGCUACCAACAACAGUCUUAAACCAGUGGCUGCUGGGUGGGAGGGGGGCUGUGUGGGGGAUCAGCAGAAAUAAUGCAACUUUUUUGUAGUUUAAAGAAUCAACACUGGUGUAUAUAUGUCUGACUGGGUGGUUUGACCUGUGACAACACAGUAGUGAUUCCAAGCUCUUUGUGAUUGCUGUGUCAUGGACAUGUUUUGUUGACUAAUGUAAUGCUGCUUGUAUUUAAAACAAAAACAAAAAAAGUUUAGUAAAACCACUUUCCAACUCAUUCAGAUAUUUCUCAAUUAAAACUCCAUAGCACAUAUUCAGAAGAUUCACUUCUCUCUCAAUGACCUGUCAUGUUCAAGACUGUUAAGAAAAAAACCAUUACAUCUGGUGUUCAUAUUUGCUGACUGGUGUUUUUUUGAAAAAGAAAAUAAGAUGAAAUUUAUACUGAUGAGGACCUGUUUGGUACACAAUCCAGGUCUUUUCUUUCUUUCUUUUGGAUAUAAGCUGUUCUUUUUUCCACUGAAAACAUGCUGACAUCAAUCCAAUUCAAUAAGCAAAAAGGAAAAACAAGAAAUCAGCUCAGAUUACUUUGAUGUCACAUGCAUUUUGGCUCCAUUAUUCCGUUGCCAUUUACAAACAAGAACACCACUGCAAGUCAUUCUAGAGAAUGCAGCAGGAACUGGAGACCAGGUUUCUUCCCCUAACCCAGUGGUUCCUGUACUUUCAUCUAACAUAUACUGUACUGUACUAUAUAAAUACCACUAACAGUGCUUUAUUCUGCUGUACUUCGUUGGAAUGAAUGCAUAACAGCAGCUACCAUCUUUAUAAGCUACCACUUUUGUAAAGGUUUUUUCCUUACAAUGAUCUCUCUCUCAAAGGUGCAUCCUCUACAUCCACUUGCCAGAUUCCUGUGACAGCCAAUGGGAACUAUGUGUGUUUAUGGAAACUUCCCCCCACCCCCCUACAAACCAUUCCCUAUGCUGAUGGAGACAAGUAAAACUCAUUUUUUAAAAAAAAGUUCUUUUCAAGAGACUUCUACUGUUUUCACAAAUUGCAGCUGUUGUACAGAGUAUGGGGAAAAAAACCAAUACCACAACCACACAAAAUAAGGUCAUGAAAAUCUAACAUGCAGGAGGUGUGUCUUAGUAUGUCUUGUGGCAUGGCACUGUGUACCUUGCAAUCUUUAUCUUAUGUGUCAGGCUUGAAACAUUCAAUAAUAUGGCAAUAUUUCAUUGGUUGAAAAAGCAAAGGGUUGCUUUUUAAAAGAAGAACCAAGGCAUCACUGGAGGAAACUUCUUACAUCUAGCCAAGUACUCAAUUUUGUUAAUGUUAAAAGCAUGAAACUUACAAAGGUUGUUAUCAUGAACUUUCCCUCCCCCAUCUCUUGUAAUGGUGGAGAACUAUGUUUACAGACUUUCCCCUCAAAAACAUUCUACUGGUCUGCUGUUCUUUACUCCUCCUUUGCAGAGAAGGCAGGAGUGGUGCAAAUGUCCUAUCUAAGGCUAAAUUCAUCCUUGAGGUAAUCACAUUGCAGCCAGUGGGGUUACACAAGGAUCAAUUUAACCCAUCUUUGUAAAGAAUCUGUACAUACAAAUCUUGUGAAGUAUUCCUGCAAUGACAGUAUCUUCUUGUUUCACCUGAUGAAAAGCUUGCUUCCUAGAAAAAAACAACAACAUCUCAGAGAGUAGAGUAUUCUACAAUCGUCUGUGGCUUCCAGCACUAGAACUCAGUAUGCAUUUAGCAUUUUUACCUGUUUGGUUCAUUAUAAAAAUUGUGUCUAUGCGAACAGAAUGGCUUCUAAUUAGAGGUGUUAGGGGCACUGAACAAUCUGUGGGAGUUCAAAAACAAAAAAGGGAUGAGUUUUCUUCAGUGAAGACAUGUCAGGAAACCAAGCACACUUUCUACCUCCGUUUCAGCUUUUUGAAACAUUUGUUUUAUGAUAAACCAAAAUUAAUUUCUGAUGUCCAAAAUAAAUUGUAGGGACAUUUGUUCUUCCUUAUACAAAUAAGUAGCCUAGCUAUUUCUAAUGCUCUAGUGUAAUAAGUAUUCUGCUUUACCAGUACUGUUAAUGCUGCCUUGUUUGAUUAGGGGUCAGGACUGUGUGGUAGGCCAGCAACUCACACCAUAGUAUUGUUCCAACUGUCCUCCCCGUCUAUACAAGACCAAUUAUUAAGAGCAUAAACUUUUGUGAGAGUCCUACUAAGUCAACAGUUGCUCAAACUUUACUGUUGCUGUGAUGUGGGACAUGUGCAGUAUUAGCUACAUAGAGGCUGGAUGCUGAAUGCUGUUAUUUCACCCUAAGUCUAACACAAGUCACAGGCACAUACCACAUCCUUGACAAAUAAUCGGGACACAUGGGCACAAGACACAAAGACAUGGUGGGACAGUGGUUAGGGGAUUUGCCUAUUUUCCAGAUGGUUGUGGGAUCAUGCCUUACUUGAUGUCAUGCUGCAUGGUCACCUCUAGUCCACAUGAAAAUUAUAAUGUGAUUGCUUCCAUUUGGAAGUCCAAGAAGUGCAGACACCAUGCUGACAUUAUUGCUCCUUGGUAUAACGUGGGCUAUUGACAUGGGGAUGCCUUAAUCACACCACCAAACAGCUUGGAGUAAUACUUUGCUGUGCCCUUAAAAUAUAUUUCUGCACACAGCUUAAGUAUCCAAGCUUGAAUAUUGUAGGCAGAGUAUAUUUUAAGUCAAAAACUUAUGAAUUAUUCCUCUUUUAAAACAUUCUCAUGUGCAAAACAUACCAUAAAAUGUACAAACUUGUAUUUAGGUUUAUCUCUAAGGACCGUUCCAUUUAUAACAUUUUCCCCCAAACAGCAAUCAAUAAGCAUUAGAAUUUGCAAUACUUUGACAUUACUGAGAGGUGCACAGGACCAUACUGCUUAGAAUGAUUGCUUUCUUAGUGAGGUUGCUUGUUAAGUAACCUCCCUUGGAGAUGAACAUUUUUGUAUGCCACUACUAAUCUCUUGAAUACUGCAUGCUCAACAGCAACAUGCAACAGGUUCUAAUAAUGUUAAAUCAAUUGUGCAUUACAAGCUACUGUGAUACCAGAAGCAGGGUGAUUCUGUGCACCAGGCCUUGGGUUAAAGAUUGACACUGGAUUGCUUCCACCAUUACUUUAAUAGGUAUGGGUGUGCAUAACCAGGUCUGUAUGUUUGGCAAGAAUCAUGGGACUGGGACACCAGAAUGUCACCUCAAUACAAAGUGGUCCAGCAGCAGGGGGAGUCUUCCAGGGGUGAAGCCAUGAAGGGGAGAUGCAUAAUCCUUUCCAUGGCCAUUACCUCCUGUCUGAACCUCCCCAGUAGUCUUUCCUUGACCAAAGUCAAGAGGGAGGAAAUCACCUGAGGUGGGCAGCAAAGAGAAAAGUGGGACAAGGAGGAAUUAGUUACUGCUACUCCUUUGCAAAUCUUCCCCUCUUUCUGUUGCUCCACAAUGGCAAUGGUCCACAGCCCCCUGUUUGCUGAAAAGCAUAUACAUAGACUCAAAUAUAUAUGAAAAAUGUGAUAUGAAAAAGGGUAACGUACCUGCCGCGCCCCAGAAAAUAUACAUUUAGGCCAAACCUCCAGAAGGUCAUGAAAUAGAAGCCUGUUUCUUUGGCUGUGAGCCUCAACAAUCUCACUUGAAAGUAAGUUGCAUUGAAAUUAAGGAGUCUGUUCCAAAUAAACAUGAUUAGUAUUGGGGUCUGUGUCAUGCUUCUUAGGAGCCUUCCAAAAGUAAGCUACCCUGUUUCUUAACCACUAACAAAAAAUGGGGAAAAGUUUGUCACUUUUGGAAUAAAAGAUAGUAGUGAAUUUCAUGUGCAAACUCUACAAUGUAGUAAAAUCUGUUGUAUUUUGUAACAAAAGGGAACUUGGAAAGAGACUAUUGCAAAUGUUGAGAAGAAAAUCAAGUUAUCUGAGAACCAAUUUGCCACAUUACUCUGGAAAUUCUUAAGAGUGCUGACGUUAAGACGGCUCCUCUCCUCAAUUCAGAAAGACCUUCCUAGAGAAGCCAUGGCUUUAAAACUAUAGCUAUACAACAUCUUUUGUGAACAAUUUUGACGACUUCUAUACAGGUCUCUUUUCUGUUUGCUGAUGGACUUCGCCCAGUAUGCACCAGAUUGGACAUACUCUUCAAAUGCUGUUUUACUACAGAUUAACCAUCUGUAACACUGUAAAAUACCAACCUUUACAAGUUUAAUCCAUUUUAUUUUUGUACAGUAUUCGUAUCUUUCUAAGUUAUUUUGCUGUCCUGUUUUGUAAAUCACAUGAAAUUGUAAAAAAACAAAAAAGUAGGCAUAGGUGUUUUUGUACAUAUGUAUAUAAAUUGUCCAAAUAAUAAAAAAAUAAAAAGAAACUUGUUGCUUGGAA